AUGACCCUCCCAACAACCUCAGCAAUAACCCUCUCCCUCCUGACAUCGCUAGGCGGGGCAAUCGGCUACGCCCGCACAGGCUCAAUCCCAAGCAUAGCAGCCGGCCUCUCCGUAGGAUUCGUGUACCUACUAGCCUUCCUCCGACUGCGCACAGGCCAAUCCUACGGCGAGGAAUUGGGAUUGCUGGCAUCUGCCGUGCUGGGUGGUAGCUCUAUCCCUCGUGUUAUUAAGACAGGCGGCAAGCCGGUUCCGCUUGGAUUGUCCGUUUUGGCUACUUAUGGGCUUUUCAUCUUUGGUUUGGCUUUUCGGGAGAAGAGGACUGUUUGA